AUGGGUCCAAACACUAAAUUCAUCCAGAACCAACAAGACUCUAAUGUUGAGCUUGUCUACGUAAAGCUGACGGAUUCGGCACUGGAAAUGGUCGAAGAAUAUUUACGAAACCAACAAGGAAACCGGACAUCCUCGAAGCCCACGAUUCAGUUUCUCCCCAAUGGAGAGGGCCGUUUAGCAUUUCCUUCGGGAAAUCUAACGUUUUCCAUCUCGGACAACGAUAUUGGUGACCAGGUUGAGUGUAUCAAACAGAGCGACGGUAUGAAUAUGCAAAAAAUGGGUAAUCUGAAGCGCAAGGUGCAAAUACACGCCACUGAAGACGUCUACCAAAAAACAACCCAUCGAAUGACGACUGAUAUAACAGAGAGGAGAUCCAAAUAUGUGGAGGAAAUUAAACCAAACGACAGGGAUAUUGGUCGGAAGGUGGUGAAGAAAUUGCCGGAGCAAAAGUCAUCAUUGAAGUCCGUUGAUAGUUCGGGAGUGGCGACUCGGGUGCACUCGUUCACAGCACCUGGUAGAUAUAUCCCAAGGAAGAAGCCGACUAACGAACGUGAGUUUUCACUACCAGUGUUAUCGAACACUAAUCCUGUAUCACCAAAGGAAUCAGUGGACGGAUUAUCAUUUGAGCGAUACGACGAUAACUUUAUUGUACCAAAUGCCAGAAAACCUCGUGUAGCGCAUCAAAACACGAAAAACAGUCUUCCAACCAUGGUAUCGUUAGAUCCACCCAAGGAUAACCGACCAGCUUCUUCAACCACUUCAACCAAGCAAAAGUCAUCAUUGAAGUCCGUUGAUAGUUCAGGAGUGGCGACUCGGGUGCACUCGUUCACAGCACCUGGUAGCUAUGUCCCAAGAAAGAAGCCGGCUAACGAAAGUAAGUUUUCACUACCAGUGUUAUCGAAUACUAAUCCUGUAUUAGCAAAGGAAAAAGUGGAAGGAUUAUCAUCUGAGCGAUACGACGAUAACUUUACUGUACCAAAUGCCAGAAAACCUCGUGUGGCGCAUCAAAACACGAAAAACAGUCUUCCACCCAUGGUAUCGUUAGAUCCACCCAAGGAUAACCGACCAGCUUCUUCAACCACUUCAACCAAGCAAAAGUCAUCAUUGAAGUCCGUUGAUAGUUCAGGAGUGGCGACUCGGGUGCACUCGUUCACAGCACCUGGUAGCUAUGUCCCAAGGAAGAAGCCGACUAAUGAACGUGUGUUUUCACUACCAGUGUUAUCGAAUACUAAUCCUGUAUUAGCAAAGGAAAAAGUGGAAGGAUUAUCAUCUGAGCGAUACGACGAUAACUUUACUGUACCAAACGCUAGAAAACCUCGUGUGGCGCAUCAAAACACGAAAAACAGUCUUCCAACCAUGGUAUCGUUAGAUCCACCCAAGGAUAACCGACCAGCUUCUUCAACCACAACAGAUGUGAUUGGACAACACUCCACCGAAUGCAUUAUACCAAAUGCGAAAAAUUCUCGGGUAUCCCAUUGUAACAAGGAGAAUAAUGAACCGAAAGUGAAGUCCAGAUCAAAAAAGGCCGGGCACAUUUCUUCUGCGACCAGGACUGAUGCUGCGAUGAAUGAUCACAAAGUAGAGAAUGCGAAAAAUACGACAAAACAGAAUUCCAGCGAUCAACCAACCGCUCCAAACGCAAGGAAGCGUCGAAUCUCCCAUUGCAAUCAGAGAAGCUCAAACAAAUCUGAUGGCAGUGAUACUUCACCACCAACGGCAACAAAUGCAGUAGAACAUCCCGCAAAAAGACCUCGUAUAACUCAUUGCGAUAAGAAGAAAUACGAACAAUCGGUGGUAUCUUCUUCGAAUAAAUCUGAAGGAAGUCGUAGUAAUUCGAAAUCUCGUGCACCUUCGAAGCAACUGGAAGACAAAUGUAGCAAAUUGUUGGAGUCAGAAGCAAAGCUGAAUGAACAAAUCAAACCGAAAGGACAGCAUUCGGACGCUCAAUUAACCAUGAUAACUUCAUUGGAACAACGGCGCAAAUAUCGAGCCAUCCAUGAUGAUCUUUCCAAAGAAUACCAGGAGCUAGCAGAUGUAAUCCAUGGAAUAAAGAAAAGGUGUGUCAUGCUCGAAAGAUCGUUGAUAAGAAAGCGGGAUGACGAAGCGAUGCGCAAAGCCAUUGAGAAUGAUAUCUAUAAAGAGUGGCAGCAAUUCGAGCCGGCCAGAGAUAAAUUUGAGCAUCUGCGAAUUAAUCUAAUCACAGUGACAAAACUUAUCAACGAGUACGAUCGGUCUAUCAUGUGUAUGAAAUAA